CCACGCCCCGGUGCGGCAGUGCGCAAGCGCGGCGGGUCCGCGGCCGUUGGGUCUUAUGUCGCGCCGGGCCCUCCGGAGGCUGCGGGGAGAACAGCGGGGCCAGGAGCCCCUAGAGCCCGGGGCCCUGCGCUUAGGUCUCGAGGAUCGUGAUGACGGCGGCGAGGAGGACGACGAGGAAGUGGGACAGCUGCCGAGCGACCCUCGACGGAGGAGGGGGAGGAGGGAGCGCAGCGCCAUUAGCAACUUGUACGAGCUGAUAACCAGUGAAGAACCUGAGGAUGAACUUGUAUCCAAAGCAAGGGGAGAAGAUUACAGACUGAAGGUACAAGAGGGCGCAGAGAACAAUGAAGACACUAAACAUGGAGAACUAGAGGUCAACCAAGAAAGAGAUGGCGAAAGUCUUUCACAAGAAAACCAGGCAGCAACUAAUGCACAGCCUAAUCUGAAUAACAAGCCACGGAAGAAGAAGAAGAAGAAGAAAAAUAAGAAAACUGCAACAGGAGAAACUCCGGAAGAUGAUGGUCUGGAGGAUAUUGACAGCAUUUUAGAGAAAAUUGAAGUUACCAAUGGUCUGUCAAAUCAGACUCAUAGCAGUGUCAUCCUGGAGAGUCGGCCUCUUCUCUAUGUCGAACACAGACACUUGAAUCCAGAAACAGAGUUGAAAAGAUAUUUUGGAGCUCGAGCUGUCCUUGGAGAUCAGAGACCUCGACAAAGACAGCGUCAGUACCACCGAAGCACAUGGCUGACCACUCCAAAGAGCACCUGGCCCCGCUACACCAAAACAGGUAUUACAAUGCGAGUGCUGGAAUCCAAAAGGGGAGUUCAGCACUUCACAUUUGAACACCACCGAGAGUACCAGCAGGUGCAGUUCCAGUUCCUGAGUGCAGUGGAGUCCAUGGACCCCAAUAAUAUUGUGCUUCUGCUCCAGGGAAACCCUUAUCACAUAGACUCACUGCUCCAGCUCAGUGAUGUGUGUCGACUCCAGGAGGAUCAGGAGAUGGCUCGUGAUCUUAUAGAGAGAGCUUUGUACAGUUUGGAAUGCGCAUUUCACCCAUUGUUUAGUCUCACCAGUGGAACUUGCAGACUAGAUUAUCGCAGAACUGAGAACAGAGCUUUUUACUUGGUUCUCUUCAAGCACAUGAUGUUCCUAGAAAGGAGAGGCUGUCCCCGAACAGCCCUGGAAUUCUGCAAGCUUAUCCUAAGCCUCGAUCCAGAUAAUGACCCUCUCUGCUUGUUGCUGAUUAUUGACUUGCUGGCAUUACGAGCCAGGGAUUAUGGAUUCCUAAUACGUAUGUUCCAGGAAUGGGAGAGUCAUCGAAACUUGUCUCAGCUCCCAAAUUUUGCUUUCUCUGUUCCACUGGCGUAUUUUCUUCUGAGUCAGCAAGACGAUCUCCCAGAGGUUGAACUGAGUUCUGCAAGAGAGAAUGCUUCUCGCCUAAUCCAGCAAGCACUCAUCAUGUUCCCUGGCGUUCUCAUGCCCCUGCUGGAUCGCUGCAGUGUGCGCCCAGACUCCGCCGUGUUAGCUCAUCCUUUCUUUGGACUCAGUACUCAGAUAAGCCAACCUCCUGCCCUGACCCAGCUGGUUGCCCUAUACAUUGGGAGGACAUAUUCUCUCUGGAAGGAUCCUACCAUCAUGGCUUGGCUAGAAACUAACGUCAGAGAAGUGCUGCAGACAGUAGAUGCCGGUGAACCCAUAGUGGAGGAAUCUGAAAGAAGGCGGAAGGUCCGAUACCAGAGUGCCCCCAGAAAUAUCUAUCGCCAUGUGAUCCUUUCUGAGAUGAAGGAGGCCACCGCAGCCCUGCCUCUGGAAGUGACAUCCCAGCCUGUGAUGGGGUUUGAUCCUCUGCCUCCUCUGGAUUCCAUCACUUCCUACGCCAGACCACGAAGGGUAAAUCGUUACUCCAAUGAAAGCACAUUAUCUCUCUUCUUUCGAUCAUUGUUGCCAAAUUUUACCUUUCAGGGAGAAGAUACACCAGAUGAAAUAGAUCCGGUUGGCGCAGAGGAGGACCUUGACCAGGGCUUGAACAGGCUGAUGGCAGCCAUGCGAGACCUGCUGGCAAACAUCCAGUUCCAGGACCCUCCAACAGAAGAUAACCCUGAUGGGAAUGGAGAUGAGGAUGAAGACGAAGAUGAAGACUGGGACUAAGACUAGAGCAUCCAGAAUCCCAGUGAUAUGCUGUAUAAUUAUGUUCAUGAUUUUUUUCGGUUGAAAUUUAAUAGUUCCCUAAAGUAAAAAAGUAAGUGCUUAAUUUAUAAAGUCAUUUGCCUCUUUUCUUCUACAAAUUUGGAAGAGCUCCUCAUUAGUAUGUGUCAUAUGAGGGAGGACAUCAAAGUUCUUGGAAGUGUGCUCAAAGCACAGCUUAGAAGCAGGCAAAGCAACAACCAUGAGUGACUGGAGACUUUUUAUUACUCCAUCACGAUCUUUCAUAAGCUUCACUUUGAGAUAAUAUCUCACACCUGGUUAAUGUGGAGUCUGUCCUGAAAUAAGCCUGAAGCUGAGCUAGGAGCUCAGCUGCGAACAGUUGGAGCCCUGGGACUGCCUUUCAUAGGUUACCAUCAAAUGGCCUGGCCCAGCCCCAGGUUAUUAUCCCAUUAUCAACCAUUCCUUGGACUACUUGAGAGAGCUUUGAUGCCCACUUGAUAUGAAGCAAAGCCCUUGUUUUAGGGGAGGAGCACCUGGAGUGGGAAUGAUAGAAGUCUUUGUUCUUUCGCUGUAACUUACCUCACCUCUCUGGCCUCUGGUCUUUUCAUCGGUAAGAAAGGAACAAUGUUUGCACUAAAAAUCCCAUAAUAGAGUUAUUUGUAAUAUGUUACUUGUUGAUUUGUAAAUGUGAGAUCCUGAAAAUUAGGAAGAAAUGAUGGAAACUCAUUCCCUAAAAAGGACAAUUUUGAGGUUAUUAGGAAUUACAAGUCCAUAAGCCUGCAUUCUCAUCUCCUUACUUAACCUCUAAUAUUGAGAUUAAUGAAGAUAGACAAGAACAAGUAGAUUUUGCCAAAUGGUACUCUACAGCAAAUAAGUCCAUAGAGUCACUCAUUUGAUUAAAAGAUGCAGAGAAUAGAGAAUUCCAUUGUAUUUUUGUUGUUGUUGUUGUUGUUAACUAUUAAAAAACAAUUUAGCAGGACAAAAUGCAAUCUUCAAAGGCUUUCUUUAAACAAGAUAUCUUCAGAACAUAUGUGAAGAUCACAGACUUGUACUUCUGGAAGAUACCUCGGUAACCAGCUAAAUAAAAAUAUCCUCUGUAGUAAUACUAACAAGUGGCUGGCCAGCCAAGCUUUGCUUGAAGACCUCCAGGGAUAUCUAACCCACUCCUUUCUGAGGCAACACAUGUUGCUUGUGGACAGCGCUAAUCAUUGGCAAACUUAAAUUGACAGCUUUCACAUUUUACUUCCAGUUCUUUCCUUGGGGUCCAAGUAGAAUAUGAGUAAUCCUUCCUCAGUGUAACAGCUUCUCAGACAUGUCUUAGCUUUUUCUAAUUCCGUUAGCUAGUCCUCAUGUCAUGAACUCAAAGCCCUUCAUUUCCUUGGCUGCCUUCCCUGGAACACUCUCUAGCCUCUGACAAUGUCCUUCCUAACUUGUGGUGCCCACAGUAAUGAUAAGAAUUAUAACUAGCAUUUAGAUAGUGCUUUACAAUUUGCAAAGCACUAUAUGUAUAUACAAUCUCAUUUGAACCUCACAAACCACCAAGUGAGGUAGGUGCUCAGUAAUUAUCCCCAUUUCUUAAAAUGGGAAGUAAGAUAGACAGAGCUAAGUGGCUCACCAGGCCCAUGUUACCCAUGAAACUGAAAAUAAUCCUCCAGGUAUAGCCUUAAUGGGACAGAGUAUAGUAGAAUUACCCCUUCCUUAUUCCUCUUUGGACCCUGGGCCUUCUUUUAUUCUGGCCUAAAGUUGUAUUCAUUUUCUUGGCUUACCUAUCAUACCGUUCACUGAUAUUGAUCAUCUACAACUUGCAAAUUUUCUUCAGAAAGAUUGAGUCUAGUCAUGGCCCUUUCCAUCAUCUUGAUUUUUAAAACCAGUUCUGGGACUUUAUGUCUACGUUACAUUUCAUUUUCUUCAUCCAGCCUGAUAAUCUUGUCUGUCCAAAACUCACUAGACUCCUGACUGUAUUCCAUUGUGCUGGCUCUCCCUCCCACUUGAUGUCAAUCUGAAAAUUUGAUAAGCGUGCCCUCUGUGCCUUUGUCCAAGUCCUUGAUGAAAGUGCUGAACGGCAUGAUGUCAAACAUAGGUGUCAAAGGCACCUCCUUCCAAGCUAUAGUGAAGCCUUUAAUGACAGCCAUUCAACCAGUUCCAACUACAUCUGUUAGUAAUACUAACAAUAAUAAUAAUACUGUUGUAUUAUCAUCUAACAUCUUUUCCACAAGAAUUGCAGGGACAUUUUAUCAAAUACUUUGCUAAAUUUAGGUAAAAACAUUCAUAGCAUCAAUCUGCUAGUUUUAAUAAGUCUGCCUGAACAAAGGGAAACAAUUUGGACUGGCUCUUGGUGAAUAGAGCUACUUCUAGAUGUUCCCUCAUCAUUCCAUCGACAUCAAGUGAGGUGGUCUAUGUGCAACACAUUGCAAACCAUAAUAUAAAAAUACAUCAGAAAGCCCUUCCUGUUGCUUCCAGAAAGGUGUUGGUGGACUACUCUAUUGCUCACACACCCUUUCCUGGUUACCACACUAUAUAAUAUUGUCCUGUCCCUUCCCCGCCUUCCUCCCCCAAAGAAUGUAAGCUUUUUGAAAGUUGGAGCUUUCUUUUGUACUUAUUGGUAAAUCAUGGCUAUUAACAUCAACAGCAAAAAUAUACAAUAGAAAUAGUCCAAUUUAUUUGAACUUACUGGCCUGUGGUUUGCAGGCUCCCUUUUCUCUUUUAAAUUGAGACUUUUUGCAUUGAAUUCUGAUUAUAUCCACAGCCUUUCAGAGAUUACAGACAAUGAUGUAUCAUGCCUGCCAAUUUAUUCAGUGCCUGACAGUUCAUUUGGGCUAGAUAAGAAAUGGAAGGGAUUCUGUAUCCAUAUAGUUCCUCUCAGUGCACCUAGUGACUGAUGCAAGUCACUCCAAAACUGCAAAGCCUCUCAGAUAAGAUCCAAAAUGUCUUACUAGCCACAUAGGAAAUAACCAAAUGUUUGAAAAUGUCUAUUGUCCAGAUUAGAUGGAGUUGAAUAGAUAGUCUGAUCCAUUUAGAAUACAUGCUGCAGGUAGACAAUGAACUGGUCCUAGGAGUAGGAGAAAGACAAUCAUCCCAGUUACACGUGGGAAGUUGUGUAGGCCAAGGUUAACACAAAUUGAGCCAUAUUUCCAUCGAAAUCUCUUAAGUAUUGGCAUAUUCUGAAUGCCAAUGUUUCUGAAGACCUAUGUUUCUUCAUAACUUGGGGAUGAUCCUAGAGUCUUGGAUGAUGUAUCAGUGGGAUACAAAGUCUACAGGAUCUUAGCAAAGAAAGCACACUUCCACUGUGGGCCCAGGGAUACCUUCUCUCUCCUGGCAGAGGAGGACUAUUUGACAAGGUCAGAAGAUGGUCUAUUAACAAUUAAUUAAUUGCUUUUUUGUCCCCAGGGUUUUUUGAGGAUGAAUUUUUUGACAAAGGGGAAGAAACCCUACCAGUAUUUCUAGCUUCACAUGACUAAUAUAUAAGCUUAGGGCUUGAGGAUAAUUAAGGGUAAGAUUCUGUUUUGGAGACUUCAGGUGCAAUCUGUAAACUAUUUAAACUGAUACCAUGAACAAGAUCAGAGAAAAUAGUUUAGCUAGGGAGGCACUAAAAAAAUCAAAGGUUUUUUUUUUUUUUUUAGGUUUUUUUGCUAGUGAUAUUCCAGCCCCAUUAAAGAAUGUAGAUAGGGAAUAACUUUUUAAAAAAUAAAUUUUCUGAAUAUCGUAGGAGAAGGCUUGACUAUCUUUGGAAAUGGAGGGAGAUGUAAUGGGUCCAGGGCACUAAAAAUACUUAGUUUCAGUAGCCGUUUCAUGGGAGGGGGGUAGACAGUGAAGAAUUAGAUAAGAAACAAUGCUCAGAAGAAAAAUGCUGCAGGUGGCUAGAGCAGUGCAAAAUCAGAAUGCAAGUUUUGAGAGGAUGCAUCUGUUUACCUUUUCUGAAGUGCUAUCCCUGCAUGCAGAAAAAUUGAAAUCCUGGGAACCUACUGCAUGACCUACUGGGUCAGUGAAAGGAGACUCUCACUCCCUUCUGCUAUACUUGGGUAUUCACUUGAAAAUGAAACCUGCAAAACAAAUAGACCUUUGAUUAUAUAUGACUAUAUUCCAAGAAUGGAAAUUGUAGACAUUGAAGUGGCUGCAGAAAGAUGGGCCUGCUAAUACACUGUGGCUGAGCUGGAAAUUGGUGAGAUUGUGGAGAAGUGAGCAAAAUGCCCGUUCCUUUCUACCUACAAUAUUCCAUUGUUGAGCAUGACUUCCAGAGAGGUUAAAAAUGGAAAAAAAAAAGGUUGGUCCCCAAGCACACCAAAAUAGUCAUAGUAGCAUCAUUUUUGUUUGAAUAAAAAGCUUUGGGUUUGUUUUUUUGUAAGUGGCGGGGGGGGAAAAAGGAGGAAGGAUGGGAAAUAUGACCCAAAUGGCCAUCAGUCAUUUUCCCAAGUUUGUGGAAACGUUCUGUUUAUAGAAAGCUUAAGGUUUAGCUUAGGGGGAUCCUGGGAGAUCCAUAAAGAUGUUUGAGCUAAAAAGGACUCAAACUUUUUCACUUUAUAACCAGAGGUGUGGGGAGAUUGCAUGACUUGCCCAAACCAGAAACCACUUCAUUGAUCUGAUGUUGCCUAAUCAUUUCUAGCCUCUACUAGUGACUGGUGGAGAGAGAUUUUGAACACAAGAAGUGCCCCCUGUGGGCUUUUUAUUUUUGUGUGUGUUUUGGGGAAGAGUUAGGUAGGUUUAAUACCCAAAAAA